GCAGCCCGCGUGUGCUUUAGCGGCGUAUUGGCCAGACUGCUAGCGCACAGAGCUCAGCUUGAAUUAUUCAGAGUAAAAUGGCAUUGAACAAGCAAGUUCUGUUAAAGAAUACGAGUAGAUUACCACCAAUGCCUCCGAGAGGUGUGCCUGGAGGAAGGCCCUCAGGUGGGAAGCCUCAUGGAAUUGGAAGGAAACGGGACUUUUCACCCUUGCCAUGGAGCAAUUACUUUGACAGCUGUCAAGAUGUUGUACUCAAUCACAAUGAUAGUUUUAGAGUUUACAAGAAAGGUAAUGAAGGUCCAGUGGUCUUCUUUCUUCAUGGUGGAGGACAUUCAGCUCUUUCAUGGGCUUUGCUUGCACAACAGUUGACUGGUAUGGUGAAUUGUAGAGUAGUUGCUAUGGAUAUGAGAGGUCAUGGAGAUACCCAUACAUCCCAUUGUGAGGACCUUUCUGCCGAUACUCUGGCCAGUGAUAUUGGUGCUGUAAUAGGUAAGAUGUAUCCAAACAAUGACUUCCCUCCAAUCAUCUUAGUAGGGCAUAGUAUGGGUGGAGCCAUCGCUAUUCAUACAGCCGUCAAGUUUCUGGUUCCAUCUCUACUUGGUCUUGUUGUCAUUGAUGUUGUAGAAGGUACAGCAAUGGAUGCACUUCAGUCUAUGCAGAGCUUCUUAAGAGGUAGACCAAAACAGUUCAAAUCCCUGGAAUAUGCAAUAGAAUGGGCAGUUAAAACUGGUCAAAUCAGAAAUGUAGAAUCAGCGAGAGUUUCUAUGCUUGGACAAGUUAAACCGUGUGAACAAUCACAAAAUCACACAGAAGCCAAUGCACCAGUACCUAGCAUGUCUAUGGAUGGUGUUAUUACAGAAGAAGGAGAAUCAAAUGAGGCAGUGCCUCAGAGUUCAAUGCAAGCAUCCUCAUCAAGCCAGGAAAGCCAUACUCCGUACACAUGGAGGACAGACCUUGGUAAAACAGAACAGUAUUGGGAAGGUUGGUUCAGAGGAAUGUCAAAUCUCUUUCUUUCUUGCAAUGUUCCCAAGAUGCUCAUAUUAGCUGGUGUCGACAGACUGGACAAAGACUUGACCAUUGGUCAGAUGCAAGGAAAGUUUCAGAUGCAGGUUUUACCUCAGUGUGGUCACGCAGUACAUGAAGACCAACCACAAAAGGUUGCUGAUGCUCUUGCAACUUUCAUAACAAGAAACAAGUUUGCAGAGACUAUUGGUGGCUUUGAACAACCUUUCCCCUGCUGUUGAUGAGUCUUCUUGAAGAUGUGUCACACUCACAACAAUAAAUGAUGUUAUCUUGUUUUGAGCAAGAAGUGUUGUCAUCAUACCUUGAGAAGCAUAGGAUGCAGGCGUCCAAGAUGAAAUGAAUGCAAGUUUCUGGUAUUUCCUGGACUAUACCUUGAUAGCAAAUGUUGCUUACUAGCUGCAAAAUGCUUCCUAGUGUGCAGUGGAUGGACAAACCAGCUGUAUGUCUCAGGAAUUAAGGAAGGAGGGGGAUGAAGAAGAAGGCUAUCAGAUUGAACUAAAAGUUUAUUCUACUCAAGAUUAUCUUCAAUGAUUAUUGUAUGGAAGCCACAAGAGCAUUUCAUCAACAUUUUUUUUGUCUGUCAAUGUCUCAGAUAUGACAACUUUCUUUGAUUUUGAUUGUCGUAGAAGCACAGUUCAUUAAGGUAACUCUCAGAUAAAACAAACUUUGUCAGAUAAAAUGUCCAGCAAGUCCUUCAUGAAAUGCUCCCCUGUUCAUACUUUGUCAGUCGGUACAGAGGACUGUGAGCAGUUGAUUACUUCUUAUCCACAGUAGCUGCUGCAUGCUUUGGUGGGAUUUGGUUGAAAGUAGUGAACCAUUGUAUCACCUUCUGUAACUACUGCUUUAGAGCCAGAUGAAAAUACAUUUGAAUUAUCCUUUAUCAUUCAAAGGAGACUGAGAAAGAAAUAGUAGAGUGAAAUCAUUUAUCAAAUAUAACUUGCAAGGAAUAAAAAAAGGAAUUAUCUAUUUGUAUGGACAAAAUUUUCUUUACGUGAAUACAAGUUUUUGCCCGAAAAUGACUUAUAUGAAAUGCAAUUUGUACUACAUGCAAAUAGUACCAAAAUAUUGUAAGGGUUUUGGAAAUAUUAAUGUUGAUGGUAGGCCCAAGCUAUUCAUGAACUCUUUCUACUGGAUAGACUUUUCCUGAUACAAGUGUGAAACUGUCACCUGAAGGAAAUGAUUGUUAAGAAAACCUGUCUCCAUUCUAGUCAAACAUAUCCAACAUUGCCCUUUGAUAUCCACAACAGUUUUGUAUUGACUGCAGUGUUUUCUUCUUAAAUGUAGAAUACGCAUGCCAUUUGUGUUGAUGAAAUGUGUGCAAGACGUUGCAUGAAACAAUCCUUAGUCCAAUAAUGAUAAGUAUUUCAUAAAUGGCAAUUGACAAAGAAAAUGUCUGAUGGUACCUUGGACAGAGUCCUUGAUUUUGAUAGGCCGUUACGAUGGAACAGUUUACCAUGGUAGUUGCCAUACAUUAUAAGGAAUAAUAAUUUAAAGCUUUGUUUGACAGAAACAGUGGCUAGUGAUACUACACAUAUUUCUUUUUAGUACUAUUUACAAUGAAAUGUGAAUUAAUUUCAUACAUUGAAAAUGAAUUUAUUCUCUUUAUUUUGAUCAUCUACUUGGGCUUUUCAAUGAAAUUGAAGAAGUUACAAAAUGUUUUUGGUAUUGGCACGAUAGGCCUAAAAACGAGUGCAGAGCAGUAGCCAGUCGUGAAAUAUUUAUGUAAAAAUUUAAUUUCAGACGUCUAAAUAUGAAUUGUAAAGCUGUUGUUUGUGUUAUUGAGGUAAAACAUGAACUACCCACUACUUAAAUUAAAUUGCUGAAAAUAGUCAAAAGAAACAAUGAUUGGAAGAAGUGUUAGGAAGCAGCAUGGCAUUGGACUAUUGAAACAUAUUUCAUCAUUAAAUUUGAAUUGCAUUGUCUGCCUGAAGACAUUCAUUAUCAUUCUGUAAUAUUAUGUACAUAAUUAUUGUUAUUUAUAUUACUUUGUUAUCAUAGCAUUGAUGAGACAAAUGAAGAGACAUGUAUAAUGCAAAUGAAUUUGAUAGCAUUUCUCUUGAUUUUAUUUAAUAAAAUCUCUUUUCAUCAAAUAUACCUGUGUACAUUUCAUAAACGUACUCUGACUGUAGCACAGUUCAGUUUUCACACAAUAAGAACUCAUAAUAUAUAUAUUGCCUCAUUGAGAAACAGAAGGGUGUUAUGUUUACAGAUUUAAUACCUUUCUGAUUCUCAAAGAGAAUACUAUCUGUUUAGAACCAGAAAGCUUUCAGCUAUGUUAAAGUAUAUGAAGUAUUGCCUUCUGGAUUCAAGCAGAUUCAAGCAUUUAGGGUGAUCAAGCCGACACAAGCUAUGAUCACAGAUUAUUAUUAUUUUUCCACCUUGUCCCGUACGAUUUGAUUCAAUUUGUAAUCCAAGUGAAUGCACGUGUCUAUGAAGUGGUUGGAUGUGAUUGAUUCUGUUCAUUGUAAUGUUUUAUUACCAAACAAACUGACUACAAGGACAGUUUCACUAAUGGCUAGUAUCAAUCUUAAGUGAGAUACAAUCAUGUUUCUCAGAUUAUGAUUGGUCUAGCUGUUAGUAUAUUCCUAUAUAAAAAUCCCAUGCUUCCUGGUAUUUACGCUUCUGGGAAUUGAAUAAGAAACCAAUAUUAAUUUUCAUGCAAAUUGCAUAUCUCAUGAAUUAUUAUUUUGGUCAAAUGUUACAGCUAAAAUAAUAUCUGCAAUUCGCAUUCUGACUGUCAUAUUUUCAAAUACAAUUAGUUGUAGCUGGAG